AUCACUUUAAAUUUAAAACCCAGAGGGAAUAACACGAUCACGACACAAUGGGGUUUUCAGAGGUGAUGAAACUUGCGGAACUAGUGACUGUUUUCUCCGUCCUCUUUCUCGUUACGUUUUCUAUGGGAGAUGGCGCUCCACAAUGGCGACCACAGGGCAGGUUUGGAAAACGUCUUGAUCAGAGAUUUCCCUCCUCAUGGCAACCAGCAUCCGGGUCAGAAAAAGACAUAGACGUUUUCCCUGUUUUACAAGAACAGACAGAACAACAAACAAACAAUGUAGAUAAUCUUAUAAAUGUGUUAAAGAAAGUAUGCGUGGAAAGCAACGUACCUGGCCUAUAUAAAUGUUACAGGAGGGGUGAUUCAAGCUUCCGAUCCUCUUCAGGGAAUGCUUAAGGUGCUUCUGACCGGACGUCUUCUGUUCUCAGUUGAUAUUUCAAUUAAGGCCAUUAAAACUGUUUGGAAACAUUCUCAUUUGAAAAUUAAAACCAGAUUAAUGUUAACUUUUUCAUUUACGCAACAAAAUGCACAAACAGCAAAGAGCUCGUGACUUCAACCUCGAGAUUGUGAAUUGAUCAAUACCGAAUUCAAUUUCCGGAUUUAUUCUACUUAUUGUAAAUAAAUGUAUGCCUAAUAAAAGAAUAAAAUUUAUUCAAAGU